GCGACGGUACAGGGACUAAUUGUGUUUUUUAUGGUUUAGUGCUUAAUGAAAUCUGAAGUAUGGCUCAGAGUUUAACAUCAUCAUCUUCAUCAUCAUCAGCAUCCACACGGCUGUCUAGUAGCUGUAGUUAUACACGCCGCUACCGGAUGCUCGCCCCCAACUCCCAAGUGGAUGAAACUCUUUUUGGGAAGGUCAAACAGUCUGCCGGUGAGGGUAAGAGCUCUGCUAUAGGUGACUCCAGACCUCCCUCUAUCUCUUCUCCGACCACCAAGAAACAAAACCUUAAAACAGGCCUCAUCAAGCACUCCCGAAUACCCAAUAAGGAGCCAUCUGGACCAAGCAUCAUCCUCGGUCAAGCUGAACUCCAGCGCAUCAUGGGUAAGUCUCGGGUUCUCACUAAAGAGGAGAGGGAGGCAGCACUAGAGAGUCAGCGCAAGUCUCGCGAACAGGCCAUGGAUGCUGCUGAGAAAAGGAAAGUGUACAUGGAAGAAGCAGACUUGUCUCGACAAAAGAACCAAGCCCUGAGUGAUCUGGAAACUGCAGCUAGUGAGCGUGCUCAGUACUUACUGGAGAGGGCUAACACCCUAAGAAUAGAGCAGGAAGAUGAAGUCAAGAAGCUUAAUGAGCUGAUUCUGGGGGUGCAGUGUCAUGCGAUGAGGGACACUCAGAUCGAGGAGAAGAAGCAGAUUCUGUCCGAAUUGCAGGAGGAGGAGCUUAGGCUGGAUGCCAUAAUGGAGACGGACCGUCUGCGGGCCCUUGAGGUUCAGGAACAGAUUGACGAGCUACGCAAAAAUCAGAGGCUUGAAGGGAAAACGUGCAUCCUGAAACAGAUCGAGGAGCGUCAUGAGGAGCGCAUGCUGCAGGAAAUGCUGAAAGAACAGGAAGCGCAGCAGAUGCUGGAGAAGCUGGAGAGGUUGCAGCUGGAGGAGUUGGAGGCUAUGGAAAAGAAGGCAGAGGAGCAAAAACAAAUUCAGCUAGAAAUUCAGAAAAUCAAUGAGGAAAAUCUGAUUGCCAAGGAGCGCAGGAAAGAAGAGGAGAGGCAGGCUGACCUUCACGCUCUGGAAUAUACACAGAAGAAAAUGGAGCGAGAGGCAGAGUAUGAGGCUGAACAGACUCGGCUAAAGAAAGAGAAAGAGAAAGAAGUGGCUCGACUGAGAGCCCUCCAGGAAAGAGACAGAGACCUUAAAGCUGAACAGGAUGCUGUCAGGGCUCGAAGGAACCAGGAGGAUGCUGAAAGGGAAUGGAGAAGGAAAGAAAAAGAGCAGACUAAGAAAAAACUGGAGGAGGCGGAGAGACUGAAGGCCGAACGUCGAGAGCAGAUCACUCAGAGAGAGCACAUGCUGUCUAUUCAAGCUGGACGAGAGAGAGCCGAGUUCGAGAGGGUGCUGAGGGUUCAGCAGGAGCUCAUCAAACGGGAGAAGGAGAAAGAGGAACAGCAUCGGCAGCAGGUCCUGCGCCACGCAGACGGGGUCCGGCAGCAGGUUCGGGAGAGAGAGGCUCAGGCCAUCGCCCGGAGGAGAGAAAGGUACCGCGAAGGAGAGAAGUUGGAUGAAGAAGCGCGUAUCCGCAGAGCACGCCUGGACGAGAUUAAAGAGAAGAAACUUAAGGAGCUGAAGGAUACAGGCCUUGAAGAGAAAUACUGCCGUGAAUUAGAGCGGAAGAUUCAUAACUUAUCCUCCCUGACCCACUGAAGAUGGAUUGAUUGCAGGUUCACAUUAAGGGUUGAUCAAUUGAUUGCACAUUCACUACAGGAAGUAUUACCAUAUAAGGAAUGAGGAAGCGCAAUGAGGAACAUUUAUAUAAAUAAAAGAAAGCUCUGUCUAUAUGUUGGUCAAACGCGCUCUUUCAAUGAUGUCUUCAUUCAUUUCCUACA